AUGAUCACUGCCGCCAAAACCAAAAAGGCUGCUCACAAGUCUCAACUAUCCCUGAUUAGUAACAUGCCCACUAAAUCCAACCAAACCUGCGCGGGCAGUCAGCGAACAUUACGUGCACGGAUCGACCUCGUCGGUCAUUUUCAGACCCAAUGUACGGACCUCCCAAAGGCCACCGCUGCUCCAACCCUCUUGCCGACAACGAUGGCGUCCACCCUCACCACUGUUGUUCCGAAUCCCCUUGCCUCACUGCCGUCUAUCACCGCCACCGCCGCUGACGGAAACGCCCCUGACGCCACGCCAAACACCAGUACAUUCACCAUCACCAUCCCCACCUCCAGCGAUGUGGACUCGGUCUCAUAA